AUGCACCAAACCCGACCUCGCACCUUCCUCCACCCUCCUUUCCCCCUCCUGUCCCCCUCCUAUCCACCUCCCUCCCGUCCCUCUCGUCUCCCUGUGCUUCCCUCCUGUCCCCCUCCCCUCCUUUCCCUCCCUCCUCCCCCUUCCUCUCCCCCCACUCUCUCUUUCCUUUCCCCCUUCUCUCCCGCUCCCUUCACCCCCUUUACUCCUCUUUUCACCCUCCUUUCCCCCUCCCGUCCCCCUCCUGUCCCCCUCCUGUCCCGCUCCUAUCCACCUCCCUCCCGUCCCUCUCGUCUCCCUUUGCUUCCCUCUCCUUUCCCUUUCUUUUGCCCUCAUUUCGGCCGCCCCUUCCUAACGCCCUCCUCUUUCCUUCUUUCGCAUCCUAUCACUCUCCUUUCCUCUCCACUUCCCCCUUUUUCUCCCUCCGUUCCCCCUUCUUUCCCCCUCCCCUCCUUGCCCCCUCCUUCAUCUUCUAUUUCCUCCAUUUCCCCUCCUUUCCCCUUCCUUUCCCCAUCUUCCUCCAAACCCCCUCCUAUUCGCCUGCCUGUCCCCUGCUUUCACUUCUCACUACUUCUUUUCCUCCAUUCCCUCUCCCCUCCCCCUCCCAUUCCCCCGUCCACUCCCCUCAUUCCCCUUCCCCCCUCGUUUUACGCUCCUUCCGCCUCAUUUACCCUGCCCACUUCAAUCCUUUUCCUAUUCCACUGCCCUUCUCCUCCGUUCACGCUCACUUUCUUCCUUCCCCCUUCCCCCCUUUCCCACUCCUUUCCCCAUCCUGUAUCCCCUCCUUUCCCCAUCCUUUCCCACUCCUUUCCCCAUCCUUUCCCCAUCCUUUCCCCAUCCUUUCCCCCUCCUUCCGCCCUCCUUUCCCCCCCCUUUCCCCCUGCUGUGCCCCGUCUGUCGCCCUCCUCCACCCGUGCUGCCCCCCGCCUGCCGCACGCCUUCUCCCGGGUGCGUGCUUGGGGCAGGCAGAGGGGGCUGCAGGCGCCAGGGAGCAGCGCCAUGAAGGGGAGGCCAUGGGCGGCCAUGCACGCAGGCGUGGGCUCAACGGGGCUCUCCACUCGCCCUGCCUCCACACGCGCUGCUCAUCCGCCCCUCCUCCCCGCCUGCUGCCCUCUCCUCCCCCCCCUUUUGCUCCUCGCCACACCCCUCCCCGCGCUGCGCCAUCCACUCGCCCACCUCACCCUCCACCUCAACGGCUUGCCUGACCCACUUGGGGCUGGGAGUUGCUGCUGCAGCAGGGGGGACAGCAGCAGCAGGAGCACUGCAUCCCCUCUCACCAUGCGCUGCAUCACCCACCAUGCCACCACCAUCAACACCACAUGGGAAACACCAACUCUCAACCUGUCACAGCCUCAGGGCCGCCAUGGGCGCUUUGGGGUGGCAGUGAGCGCGGCCUUGGCCUUGGGCGUUCUGCGAGGCGGCUUGACGGCAGCUUCGCCUUGCACUCGCCGCACCGGCCUGGGCGCUGCGGCACAUCGAGGCCUCGGGAUCAGCGUCGGUCCCUCCACGCGCCGAAUCGCUGCUCCCGUGUUGCUCGGCUUCGGGAUGCGCGACGGGGGGAGCGACAUCGGCGUUGAUUGCGUUGCUGCUGCCGCCAUGCUGCGACCAGCUGACGGGCGUGACAACGCCACCACCAAUGCCACCGACGCUGAUUCCGUCGCGGCUGAUUCCGCCGCGGCUGAUUGCGGCGCAGCCGAUUCCGCCGCGGCUGAUAGCGGCGCAGCCGAUUCCGCCGCGGCUGAUUGCGGCGCAGCCGAUUCCGCCGCGGCUGAUUGCGGGGCUGCACAUUCCGGCGCGGCGGAGUCCAGCGCAGCAGUUUCCGGCGCACCCGAAGCGGCGCAGUCGCACGCUGCAGGGUCCGACGCACCAGUUUCCGAGGAUGCGCAUUCCGACGCGCCUGACUCCCACGCUGCGCAUUCCCACGCACCAGUUUCUGACGCCGUGGCGUCGUGCUUGCAUCCCGCGGCGGCGUCAGUGCGAUGA